GUCAACACUGAUCUUCGGAGGGAGAAGGUGACACCCAACACCAUUAAUUAUGAAUAGUCAGCAUCCUAGUGAAGCUCAUAUGGCCCUCUUCUCUCACCUAUGCCCAGCUGGUUCAUACACUCAAAUCAUCCCUCAACAAGGGGAAGCGAAACGAAGACGACGUCGUAAGAAGGAGAAAAACCAAGCUGUGGGUACCAAGAAGAGGAAGCUAAGCGAAGAGCAAGCGAGUUUUCUGGAGCUAAACUUCGGGAACGAACAUAAAUUAGAGUCGGAGAGAAAGGACAGGCUGGCAUCGGAGCUUGGCCUGGAUCCUCGUCAAGUGGCCGUGUGGUUUCAAAACAGAAGGGCUCGUUGGAAGAAUCAGAAGUUGGAGGAAGCCUACUCCAACCUCAAGAAACUCCACGAAACCACCCUCCUCGAGAAAGCCCACCUUGAAACUGAGGUGUCGAAGCUGAAAGAGCAGCUUUCAGGAGCAGAGAAGGAGAUCCAGAGGCUGUUGGAGCGAGGCGAGAGAUCAGUGUCAAACGAAACCGCGAAUAGCCCGAGUUCAACGCACACAAUGGAAGCUAUGGACCCACUGUUUUUGGGGGAAUUCGGAGUCGAAUGUUUUGAUGACGAUGAUUUCUUGUUAUACCCAACAGAUUAUUACAUGAAUUGCUUGGAAUGGCUCAGUUUGUACAUGUGAAACGCAAAGAAUUUGUAGCUUGUAGCUCUUAUAUAUGUGGUUACUGAUAAUCAAUGAUCCAUUAUAUCUAAAUGUAACUGCCUCGCCAAGUGGCAUAGUUAGUUAGUGUAUUGUAUGUGCUUGACUAUGAUUUGGGAUAAUGUAAAAUUAUGAAUUGCCUUUUUUAA